AAGAAGAAGAAGAAGAAGAAGGAGGAGGAGGAGGAGAAGCCGCAGAAGAAGAAAAACUGUUCCGUGUUAACUAAUCCAAGUGCAGCAGUUUUCAAGUUGCUAUUAAUUUGCCUUAAAAAACUUCUGUGCUCACAGAAGCGGAAGAGAGUGUAAUCCAUCAGACGCCGGAGAGAAAACAUGGCGACCACCAUCACCACACAGCGGGGACAGGUGUAUAUUGGGGAGCUUCCGCAGGACUUCCUCCGCAUCACCCCCACACAACAGCAGCAGCAGGUCCAGAUGGAUGCCCAGGCAGCCAGACAGCUACAGUAUGGAGGCUCAAUAGGUACUGUGGGGCGACUCAGCAUUACUGUUGUCCAGGCCAAGCUGGCAAAAAACUAUGGUAUGACCCGAAUGGAUCCAUACUGUAGAAUCCGACUGGGCUACGCAGUCUACGAGACACCAACUGCUCACAACGGAGCCAAGAACCCACGCUGGAACAAGGUGAUCCAGUGCACGGUGCCUCCUGGGGUGGACUCAUUCUACCUGGAGAUCUUUGAUGAGAGAGCAUUCUCCAUGGACGACAGGAUAGCAUGGACUCACGUCACCAUACCGGAAGGCUUGAGGGAGGGCAGUGUGGUGGAUGAGUGGUUCAGCCUCAGUGGUAGGCAGGGCGAUGACAAGGAGGGCAUGAUCAACCUGGUGAUGUCUUUUGCUUCCAUGCCAGCAGGGAUGAUGACUCAGCCUGUUGUUCUAAUGCCCUCUGUUUAUCAGCAAGGAGUUGGAUAUGUGCCCAUUGCAGGCGUGCCUGCAGUCUACAACCAGGGCAUGGUGCCCAUGCCAAUGCCAGCAACCAUGCCAGCUGUUGGAGGACAGGGGCCAGUGUGCAGUGAGGAAGACCUGAAGGCUCUGCAGGACAUGUUCCCCAACCUGGACAAAGAGGUGGUCCGCACUGUGCUGGACGCACAGCAGGGCAACAAGGAUGCUGCCAUCAACUCUCUGCUGCAGAUGGCUGAGGAGCUCUAACUGCAGAACAUACAGCUCACAGUGGACAUGCCAACAAGCAAACACACACACAAACACAUGUAUGCAUGCACACAGAUAUAUAAAAACAGUCUUUACUCAUGGAAAGACCGCCCACUUGUUGCAUACACACACACAUCCACAGAGUCCUCCCGCACGCUGCAUACCUGAGCUCCCAGGAGCUCAGCUGGUCGCCACAGAGAUCUGUUUCCUUCUAUAGACUCCUUGUUGGCUCAACAGUACAUGGAGCCUGGGCUGUCCCUUCUAACAGCUGACAGUAUAUCCUGAAGUGUCCACUUUUGGUUUAGGAUGAUAUCGAUGGCACAUGUUUGGGACAGGAUCAUGAAGGUUUCCAUCACAGUAGAAAACCAAACUAGAUAUUGAAUCGGCUGUAAUGUGACCUGAUUGGUAUUUUAAGUCUUACUAGCCCAAAUCAUUAUGUCUUGAUUCAACAUCACAAUCUUUCACUGUAUCCAUGGCAACCCAUCUGUAUUCCCUCUGCUGAUUUGCACUGUUCUAGCCGUAGUGAGUCACAUUCAGUCCAUCCUCUGUUUAUGGUGAUGUUGUUGUUGUUAAUAGUGUGGAGAACCUGUCUGUAGUAACCUGCAAUGAACUGCUUCUGUUUCAUGCGUAGCUGUAAAAUGUUUAGUGCACUUAAAAUCUGAUAAAUUAUUAUGGAUGUAUUAAAUUAUAUAGAUUUCUAUAUAUUGAGAGAAUUGAUAAUGAACAAAUGACCUGAGACAUUUACUCACUUAGGGCAAGAAGAAAUGGGACCUAUGUUCAGUCUGUGAAGUGAGGAUGCGAAGACUUAAAGUUAUUGAAGUAAUCAUAUCUCAAAGAUUUCACUCCUCGUUUAUUUGGCGACACCUUGCGUUACUGGUGGUAACGGCAUAUGUGGUUUAUUACUGCACGUCACAGUAUUCUGGGGACAACAAACCAAACUGUUGGCAUUUUAAUAAAUAUGUCAGGCAAUA